AUGAGCACAACACAGAGCAGCAGAGACAGAGUUCCCAUAAAGAAAAAAAGCGAAAAAGGCAAGUGCAUUAAACGAGUGAAACGGGAAUUUGUUUUAGGGAUUCUGAUGUAUGUUGGAAUUCCACCAGACAUAUCAGUAACAAAUACUAUUUUGAAAAGUACCUUUUAUCCAAGAAGUGAAGAAAAUGUCAACAACAUUGCUUGGUACUGUUGUAGUCACGAUGAUACUUUAGAAAUUGUAACACCUUCAAAUGACGUCUAUGAUCAAAACAAAAAGACUUUUUGCAUUACAAACUUAUGUGUCAUUUUUUGUAUAUCAUUUAAAAACAAACACAAGGUUCCAUCCGAACUCAAUUGUAGGAUCUGUUCUGAUUUACGUGUCAAUAUAAAAUAUCUUAAGUACGUUGAAAACAUCGAAAGCAUUGUUGUUAACCGGAGUAUAUGUAUGUCAAAUAUAGAAACUCAGAAUGGUAGACUUGGAUUUUCAGGAGCGUUUUACAGUGACAAAAAACAAAUGCGAGAAGCUGUUGUUGGCAAGGCAUUAUCAAUGAAAACCAGGAAGGAGUGUGAAGAUUUAAUUGUUUCGAACCUUGGUGUUACAGAGCUUUCAAAUUUUAGUCAAUUAAUCGAAAAACGGUAUCAGACAGUUUCAAGGUUUGCGGAAUUUGAAACUUAUUUGAAAACACAUCAAAUUCCAUUGAAAGAUUGUGAUCUGGUCACAAUUGUAAAUGAAUGGUUGAAGAAACGAUACACGGAAGUUAACUAUCGAAACAAUACUAUCAUUAUCAUAGGAAAGUCGCAAAUUGGGAAGUCAGUAAUGAUGAAGUGCCUAACUGUUCCACCACUUCAUAUUCCAGAAGAAAAAUUGAUUGACUAUCAUCAAAACGACAUCAAUUUUGGUACUUAUGAAGAUUCGCAGAGUGACUUUCUUAUCCGUAUAUUGGACGAUCCGACAUUUGAUGGGUUGCCGAUUGAAAAGAUGAAAGGAUUAAUGGGUUCUUGUUCAUUCUCGACUUCAAUUCGAGUUUUGUACGGAUUCAGAAAAGUUUGGCCAUGUCCGACGGUAAUUUUAUUCAAUCCAGACUCAUUCCGGAAUUUUAUUAUCAGGUUUGGUGAUUUGGACUGGUUAAUUGCCAAUGUCGAAAUUUAUCCUAGCGUAAACGUAUUCGAAGUUAAACAAAAUGCAAAAUACAAAAUUAAUCAAUUUGAAGAAGAAGUGUUCGACAAAAAAGGAGAAAUUAUCGAGAUUAAGGAUGAAAAUUACCUUCUUACAAACGCCUUAAACUGUUCAAGAGAGGAACUUGAAAUGGCAAUUAAAAGUAACGAUUCAUUCCCAUGCUUUUACAAUGUACAAAAGUAUUUUUCCAAUAGAAACAAACAAGUUGUCACUCAAGUCCCUAUUCCAAUUAGGCCAACAGCACAACCAAUGGAAGAAGUCCACCAGAGCAACGAGAUGGAGGUUGAAGUAGCUCCACCAGAAGACAUGGGGUUCAUCCAAACAGGAUACUCCCAGCAAUACAUCUAA